UUUGGUUGCCUAAGGGAUGUUUUUGUUGACAAUGAAGUUGAUCGUAUAUAUUUUCAUUUGAUUAGCUUGUUCUGUGAACGUAGUGCAAACAUUCACAAAGAUCUACUGGUUAAGAUAUAUUAUAUUUAUUGCAAAUCACAGCCAGAGUGUACGCAGUAAUGGAUAUACUGCACAAAUCACCGCUACCAAAGAUAGGGCCACAAAAUGAGAAUGGUAUGGAGCCCUCGGCUCCAAUCACCAAGAAAGGCGUUCUCACAUCGUUCAAAACUGGAAAAACCAUGUCCAUCCCUGACUCAGAUGUUUUGGGAAGAUGUAGAUUCGUUUCAGAAUUUGAAAAGCUCAAUAGAAUUGGUGAAGGAACGUAUGGAAUUGUCUACCGAGCCAAAGACACUGUGUCAGAUAAAAUUGUGGCCCUGAAGAAAGUGAGAAUGGACUUGGAAAGGGAUGGUGUGACAAUCAGCAGCCUGAGGGAAAUCCAGAUUCUGCUAACCUGCAGGCAUGAGAACAUUGUGCAGUUGAAGGAAGUUGUUGUUGGAAAAAGCCUGGAGAGAAAUGAUUUGAGUUCCAGUAUCUUUUUGGCUAUGGAAUACUGUGAGCAGGAUCUAGCUUCAUUGCUGGACAACAUGCAAACACCAUUCACUGAGUCACAGGUUAAAUGCAUUAUGCUGCAAGUGCUGAGAGGUCUGCGAUACUUGCAUCACAACUUCAUUGUUCAUAGGGAUCUGAAAGUCUCUAAUCUGCUGAUGACCGAUAAGGGCUGUGUUAAAAUUGCUGAUUUCGGGUUGGCCCGAUGGUUCGGCGUUCCUUUGCGACCGAUGACUCCGCACGUCGUUACACUGUGGUACCGUGCCCCUGAACUACUGUUGCAAGCCCCAACUCAGACGACGAGCGUAGACAUGUGGGCUGCCGGCUGUAUACUUGGUGAACUUCUUGGACACAAACCACUGUUACCUGGCAGAACUGAGAUUCAACAAUUGGAACUUAUUGUUGAUCUGUUAGGAACGCCAUCCGAUACCAUUUGGCCUGGUUUCAGUAAUUUGCCGGCGCUACAGAAUUAUACGUUGAAACAACAGCCGUACAACAACUUGAAACAAAAGUUCCCUUGGCUAUCCGGUGCUGGCUUGAGAUUGUUAAAUUUCUUGUUCAUGUACGAUCCUAGAAAACGCGCCACCGCUGAGGAGUGUCUUCAGAGCAGUUACUUCAAGGAAGCACCACAACCUUGUGAUCCGAAGCUGAUGCCAACGUUCCCACAACACAGGAACAUCAAGAGCGGAAAGAAUGACAAAAGCGAAGUCAACACCGGUGCAGGCGAUCAGACCAACAAUUUGCCGGCGAUCUCAGAUUUGCUGGGUUCCUUAGUUAAGAAGAGACGCGUCGAAUAGUAUUUGUAAAAGCAUCAGGUUUCAAUGAGAGUGUGGUUUAUAAAAGAAAAAAAAAAAACAUUAUUUAUACGUUUAUUAUUUUCUAGUAAACAGAUGCAUACUAUGCACUUUAAGACUAUACAUAUAUAAUUGCUGCUUUCUUAUCUAGAUACAGUUUAUACAAAUUGUUGGUAUUGUAUAAACCAAAGAUUCUUCGCCAUUCCUCGAUUAUAAUUAUGGAUGUUUUUUUUUGUGUGUUUAGAAUAUUAUUUGUUUCCUUAUUUAUGUACUCUAUUAUAGUACUAUUUUAAUACAAAGCGGCCAACUAUUAACAAUCAGCAAGUUGGAUUUUAUUUUAUUAUUUGAUAUAGAUAAUAUAACAUUAUACACUCGUAAAUAUUCGAAUUAAAAGUAAUUUCAGUCAACGGGAAAUCAAAAUUGCAUUGUUAAAUCAUUCACAA